AUGUCCGACAACGAAGCAAAGCACAACGACGAAACUCUGCAGGCAGAGCAGCAUGCCACCAGUACCAACCAUGAGGAUGGCAGGGAUGCGGACACAUUCGAAGAUGCCGCCGACACGAUAUCUCCUGCCGCUGCCCAUCCCGAGCCACACGACCCAACAGCCCAAUCAACCUCACAUCAAGGAGACAACACCGACGAUGAAUCUCGCAUAGCCACCGACAAGGCGCACUCAGACGACACAGCACCAAAGCUCUCUACAUCGAUUGCGCCAGGCGCAUUUGACUCAGACGAUAUUCAACACGUGCUCACCGAAACACCUGAUGCUAAGAAAGAGACUGAGGCUCAAUCUUCAACAAUAGACGAGGAACCUCGACCUGCCACAGCCGAGUCGUUGGACCAAGGACAUCAUUCUGCAUCCGAACAGGCAGAAAGCCGACCUUCGACAGCCAAAUCUCUGAACGAAGAAGUCGCGACCGCUGCGGGAGCUCAGGAUAAGCGAAGCAGCAUCGACAUCAUCAAUCAGUCCACGCCCGACACCGACCAAGACGACAUGCCCAGAGCUGUCAAGUCACGCCAGAAUACUCUCGAGUCCGUACCCGAGCUACCUCCCGCUGUGCCCGAGAAAGAGAACGAGGAGCCUGUGAAGGGUUUAUCUGGCGACCUUCCCACUCUGAACUACCCACCUCCACCCCCACCGCCACAGAAAUCGCAAACUUUCAUGGCAUCUUCAACAACCGAGAAGCCUCCAACGACACGCAAAGUAUCGAGUCCAUUCGCUUGGUUCUCGCGAGCUCGGAAGGCUACAUCGCCGUCUCGUCCAACGAGCCCACGGAGGAACACAGCUUCCUCUUUGCAGAGCCUGACGACAAACCCUGACUCGGAAGAUGCUUCUCAUCAGCCAACCUUGAAGGACCGCUUCCACAUCUUGCGACUACAGGGUGAAUCAGCUAUAUCAGCUGACGAUAGUCUGGCUCUGCCUCAAGGCCGCCAUGGUCGCGCUGGUAGUUUGCAAGGUCCUACUAAAGAAGACGGCGGACAGUUGAGCCCACCCUUCACACCUCGAGCAAACUCCUUUUCUGCGAUCUCAUCGCCCACCACCAAACUUCCUCCUGGCACCGUAGCGGGGGACGCUGCUGGACCAUCUGAAGAACAGGCUGAGGUCAAUUGGGAUCUCUGGCAAUCGGUGGUAUACGAAGGCCCAUCUGCUGUCGCACGCACGAGCGGAGAUGAACUUAAUCGUGCAAUCGCAAAUGGCAUUCCCCAACCCAUUCGAGGUGUCGUCUGGCAAGUUAUGGCCGAGAGCAAAAACGAUGAGUUAGAGCAGGUAUAUCGAGAUUUGGUCGCUAGAGGCACCGACAAGGAGGUAACUGUCACUCAACCACCUGCUGUUCGUCGUAUCAGUAGCACUGGUGAGAAGGAGUCGCUCGCUUCUUCUGCCUCUUCAGUGCACUCUGACGUCUCUGCCUCUGUCGCUCCCCAGGUCAAUGGAAACGAUUCCGCUACGUCUCCCGAGAGAAAGCGCAGGUCANAAGAUGAGACUGCUGCGUUGCAGAAACUUGAAAAAACUAUCAGACGCGAUCUCGGAGCACGAACAGCCUACUCGAAAUACAUUGCUAGUGCUGGUCUACAAGACGGUCUGUUUGGUAUCUGCAAAGCAUACGCUCUUUACGACGAACCUGUAGGCUAUGCUCAGGGCAUGAAUUUUAUUGCUAUGCCUCUACUCUUCAACAUGCCUGAAGAGGAGGCCUUCACCCUAUUUGUUCGACUGAUGUCGAAAUACAACCUCCGCUCUCUGUUCACCGCUGAGAUGACCGGUCUACACAUGCACCUCUACCUUUUCGAGCGCCUGCUGGAAGACUAUGAACCAGCACUAUACUGUCAUCUCCAUAGACGUGGCGUCCCUCCAACCCUGUACGCCACACAAUGGUUCCUCACACUCUUCGCCUACCGCUUCCNNCCCCUACAACUCGUUCUCCGCGUGUAUGAUCUCGUUCUCAGCGAGGGUCUUGGUGCGAUCCUGAAAUUCGGUAUCGCGCUCAUGCAACGAAAUGCUCAGACUCUGCUCGGCAUGAAAGACAUGGUUCAACUAUCCACUCACCUCAAAGAACGCCUGUUUGACGUAUACAUUGAUAAGUCACCUUCGGCAACUUCAAUUCUCGAAUCUGGGUUCUUUGGCUCCACUUCCGGAACAGAUAAAGAGGUCUAUCGUGCAGACGAGCUAGUCCGUGAUGCGUGUGCAGUUGUUAUUACACCUGAAACGCUAGCCGCAUAUACCUCCGAAUUCGAAGAGAAAUCUCGCGCUGAGAGGGACCGUGAAAUCGAGCUGGAGUCACUCAGGAACGAAAACGCGAAUCUCAGCACGAGAGUGAGAAAGCUGGAAUUGCGUACCCAGCAAUCUGAUGCCGAGCAUGUAGACCUAGCAUCUUCACUCGUACGCACAAAAGUAGAAAACGACUCUUUACUUGACGAAAACGAGAGUCUAAAGAUGCAAGUCGAGGAAUUGAGAAAAAUGGUCGAUAAGCAACCACAAGAAGUCGAGGAUCGCUUGAAGGGCGAAAUGGACAAGAUCAUGGCGAGAAAUAUUGAAGUGCAGGAUAGUAACCGUGGUCUCGAGGAGCAGGUACAGGAGAUGGAGCAGGAAUUGGUGGGGACCAAGAUGAUGUAUGCACAGUUGAAUGCCGAACACGACGCCCUCAAGCAGAAAUUGAGGGAUAUCCAGAAUAUGCUGGCCAGCACGGAUGAGCAGAAGUAA